AUGAGCGACUAUAGGCCCAGUGCCCUGUUGAAGGUUGUCAGCCGUCACGUGAACGUGUGCGGCGACAUUCCCAUGCCUUACAAUCUGUGGGAGAAGAUCUUCAUGAUUGAAGAGGAGUAUAUCACCUACGAACGCACAUGCAAGGAGAAAUAUCGUCUUCUCCAGCGUCACGGGAUCAUCAGUAAAACCGGUUGGCAAGUUCAUCUGUCUGGCCUGCGCACACAAGAGGGGCGCAUUAUGAGCUGCGCGAGAUGCGGAGCCCUGGCAUCCGGUGACGGGCGCUGGUAUCUCUGCUCCCUAGCGGCCGAGGAGGAGCUAGAAUUAUGUCACCGCUGCUUUAUGGAUCUGGAGCUGUGGAUGGCCCAGCCGAAGCAGCUCACGAUGAAACAGAUCUGCGCGGACAUUGAGUCUGGAGGCUCGCAGAAUGAUGGUGGCGCUCUACGCGAGGGUGUCGACAGUUCUCCAGGACGAGCUGAUGCAGCUGCCCCGCUGCGUCAGGUCGCCGAGGCCCGCGGGUACACUGUCUUUAAGGAAUACACCGACGAGGCAUCCGGGAAGGAUGCCAACCGCCCUGGAUGGCUCGCCCUCCUGAGCGAUGCCCGCGCAGGAUCCUUUAAGGCGGUGCUCGUCGUGAAGCUCGACAGAGUGAUGCGUUCGCUGCAGAUCUUCCUCCGCGAGCUCGAAGAUUUUUCCUCGAUGGGCGUCUCGAUCAUCUCCCUCGACUAUGGUGAUCUGAAUCCCGGCAGCGCAUCCGGUAAGCUGUCCAUCCAGUUUUUAGCAGCGAUUGCCGAGUGGGAACGUGCUAUCAAUUCUGAACGCACGAGGGAAGCACUCGCUCAGAAGAAGGCCGCGGGCGUGGCCCUGGGAAGGCCUAGGAAGGACUUUCCCGUUCACAAGGUAGCUCUGCUUAGGUCGAAGCCCGUUGAGGCCUCCUGGAGCUCGAUAGCGCGUCAGCUCGGCAUUCCCCGCACGACACUGAUGGGGCACAAGGAUGAGAUUGAUGAAGAAGUGAAGAAAAUUGAGUCUGCUCGAUAA